GGUAGCUAUGAUCAUGUCCUAAUCUUUGUGGAAGUGGCCGAUGCUUUGAGAGAAAUGUGCAAUGUGCAUGGUGGUGGUGGUGUAACAAUGCAUUCAUUCAUCAGUAAGUAGUAAAUAAAGGACAAUUGUUGGCAUGUGAAGCUAUCUUGACGUUUCACAUCGGUCAAUCAAAUAUGACCGGGGGUACAGACAGCACGGAGUGUGUCAGCUGUGCGAGCCUGGGCACACGAAGUUCAGUGAUUGCAGCAGAGUACGUGGCCGGGCUGUGUUGAUCUAGCCACUAAUCAUGUAUAAAACAGUUUCUACAUUUCAUCGGAAAGUGAGAAGGCUGGAAUGAUGGGCCAAAAAAUAGGACAAUAACGAAUCUCAAUUGCAGGCCCUGAUGCUACGCCAGCCCCAUUAUUAAAAGAACGUAAGGAGGAGCUGGCACGUCCCUUAUACAUGAUAUGGAGAAAGUUUCUCACCCUAGGGAAAUGUCCAGAAAGUGAAAUAUGGACUGAUCACCACCAUACACAAAAGUGACAGCAGGGGAGAUGCAACAAAGUAUACCUAGAUCAGUUAUGUUGACAUCCUUUGCCUUAAAAGUAUUGGAAAAAAGGACAAGGCAAGGGCUGUUUGACAGUGGCCAAGAUGGUUUCAAAGGGUGCUCAUGUCUGUCUCAACUGCUGGCACACCAAGAGCAUUUAUUGGACUGCCUAGAACAGUGCUAGGGCCACAUAAAAAAAAUCACAAUCUUAUAGGUCUGCAUACUAUACUAACCCAUAAUGAUUAACAUUUGAAAUGUUUAAAAUACAAAAUGAAACUUUUUUUUAUUUAUACCAUGUGGACUUUUCACGGGAAUUUAUGGGCUAAAGGGGAUAGUUUUUAGGGUACCUCCUAUCUCAAAACCCAUCCACUAGGAAACCGUUGCCUCUGAGUGAGGAAGCCCAACCUAUACUCGGACCGUGGACAGGAUUCGAACCUGUGCGCUUGGAGAUCCUCGGACCCCAAAGUACGCAUGGUUCCACUGUACCACGGCAGCCCUUUUAAAGUAAAAGCCUAUCUCCCACACAUAUGCACACAUGUGGAAAGAAAAUGAAACUCACAAUAUUUCACAUUAUUUAUUAACUCUCUCUCUCUCUCUCUUUUCAAAUUUACUAACGUUUGUCGUACCACAUGAAUUCAUUUGGUGGCCUGUGGGAUUUAGUUUGCCCACACCUGGCCUAGAAGAAGGGAGCAAUGUAGACGUGGUCUACCUUGAUUUAACUAAGGUGCUUGACAAGAUGGACUAAGGAGUAGUGUUACACUAACUCUCAUCCCUAGGUGUUAGAGGAAACCUGGGGAAAUUGAUCCUUCAUGGUAGAAUCCAACAAGUAGCUGUAAAUGGAGCCCUAUCAGAGUGCUCCCCAGUCAUCAGUGGCAUAUCACAGGGAUUCAGUCUUGGGAUUUUUCCUGUUCCUGACUCUAAUCAGGGACAUAGAUACAGAUGUCAGGCAUUCUACCACAUCUUCCUUUGUUGAUGACACAGGAAAAGUGAAGUUUCAGGAGGAUGCUGCUCUGCUGCUGGAAGACUUGAAUGCUAUAUACACAUGGGCAACUAUUAACAAUAUGUUAUUUAAUGAAAGUAAAUUUGAGGCUCUGAGAUAUGGCACUGGCGACACCAUUAACCCCUUCAGUACCAGGAUGUGUUUUCAUAUUCAUUCUGUUUAUGUUUGGUGAUUUUAUGGAGCUUCAAAUACUUAUGUGGGGAUUAGAACAAUGAAGACUCCAGCCAUUAAUCUUCAGACUUCCUAAUGUAAAUAAAAUCGUCCAGUCAUACCCAAAACACAUGGUAAAAAAUACGUCCCAGUACUGAAGGGAUUAAAGCAAAUACUAGCUACAAUACCAGAAAAGACCAAUAGCGAUGAAAAGCAACCUCCAUGAUUUGGGUGUGAUAGUUAGAAGUGACUGCAGAUUCAGCCUACAUUGGUAGAACAGAAUCUGCUAGAUGCUAAUCUGGAUAGCUACUAAGGAGUUUUACAACCUGGGAAGAAGAGUGCCUCCUAAUCCUGUGGAAGAGUUUGGUGUUGCCCAAGCUGGAAUACUAUUGGGAAACUAUUGGAAAACUAUUGAGAAUGCCUAAAGGACUUAAAACUGUAUUCUCUCCAAAGAAGAUGAGAAAAGUACUAGAUUCUAUACACUUGGAAGACACCUGGUACCAAACAUUGGUAUCAAGCUAAGCCAAAUAAGAAUGAGAAGUCCAAGGUUCUGCUCUAUUGAAGACCCAAGAAUAAACUACCAACACCUUAAAACACUGAGUAUUGGCAGUUUUAGCAGGGCAGGGCCAAAAAUAUUCAACAGCCCACCCUUGUACCUAAGAGACAUGUCAGCCUGCAGUGUAAAAGUUUUCAAGCAACAUUUAGAUAAGUUCCUGUGGAAGAUUGCAGAUGCAACUCCCUGCCUUCAUACCAGACAUGGUCCCACUGUAAUAAGCUGUAGCAUCUGAUUCCCUCUUACUUAUGGCAAAACAGAAGAUACAGCGUCAGUUCCUGUAGCUGAGACCAGUUGGCCAAAAUAGUCACAAGGACUUGUAUGAUGGAAAAGCUAGUUACUUGAUGCUUCGCAGUUUUGAAACUUGCAGUAAAGAAGCUAAAAUGUUUUCCCGAGUGGGUAGCAAGCUUCGUACUGGUGCUGCUAUUUUGAUAGGAGGCACUGUUGGCCACCAGCUGAAGAAGUACCAUGAGGCUGUGCAUCAGAUCUCAGAAAUGUCACAGACAUCUGACUACAAAAACACCAUUUUAUUACGCCAAAAAGAGAAUUGCAAGACUAUCAGCAAGAUUUAUCAUGGUCUUAAAGAAUUUACAUCUUCCAGAGCCUCAAGGAAUACUAUUGCAGAAUUAUAUGCAGAGAAUGCAAAAUUGUUAUGUCAACGGUACUUGGUGUAUGAAAGGAUGGAGGUUGGUGGGCCAGAUGUGUGGCUGGCUGAGUGGUUGGCUGAUGCUGAGUGGGUGGACACUGUGGACUGCUGGCUGCCACCUCCUACCUGGUCUGCUCUCACUCCUCCAUCAUACCUAGCAGCUCUAUCUUGUGGUGUGAGGGCUCUCUGGUAUAUUAGCUGCUGCAGAGACUUCUGUAAAGAGAACUCCAUCUUCACUAAGGACCUGGUGAAGGCUCUGAAGAGAGUGAUUACAGAUGGUGGUGCCAAAGCAACUCCCAUGGCCCUCAAGGUGGUGGCAAACAUAGCUGUUCAUCAAGAGCAUCAUCCUCUCAUCCAUGACACUGGGUUGGUGGAUAUUCUCACUACCUCUGCUGAAUGCCACCAUCCAUACAUUUUCCUCCCCGCUUGGAGAGCACUGCAUAACUUGAAGACAGGAACAGCAACCUCCAGAUUUGCUGGUGUCUUUAUUGAAGGGAUCUACCCAUUUGUAUUCCCUGAGGAGGAGGAGGAGGAGGUGCCUCUCAUAGACAUAGUGUUGGUUCAUGGCAUUGAAGGGGGAGCACCAUGGACGUGGCGACAGCGUGAUGUAGAUAUAGACAGACCUCUUCUCCCCCAGAACCUACGCAGGAGGAUAAAAAGCCUCAAGGAAGGGCCACGAACGCGAAGGACUGCAGGUUGCAGAGAGGGGUGGACGCGUGAGGCGGGCGGUGACACACAGGAGCCAUCGUUGAGGACAGACGUGUCUGAGCUGCUCACAAAGAGUGCUACAAAAGGACUGGACCCAGGCCUAGACGUAUAUGUCAUGCAUUUACAGAGAAGUGGUGACUCAUUGGCAAAACAGACUCUAGCUGCUGUGUUCUGUAGUGUUCCUCACCAUGGCUCAUCUCUAGCUAAUGCCAUCACUGCAUGGCCUCUCACCUUGGUGCUGCAGCCUACCCAUGAAAUCUGGCAGAUGAGAACAGAUAAUCCACAACUAGAAGUAAUCCACAAGUCAUUCCUGAGUUUAGCCAAGGAUCAGCAGGUGCCUGUUUUAUCCUUGCUGGAGUCCAAACCAACUCAGCAUGGAAUGCUCUGGUGGGACUUACAGUUUGUGUUGCCUCAUCUUGCAGAUCCUGGAGUGGGUGAGUUCUGUGAAGUGGAGACAACACACCGUGACAUAUGCAAACCAACUGACAGGAAAGCUGAUGUCUACCAAAAGAUCCUGCACUUCCUGAAGCAAACUGUAGAUCAAAUGUAGUUGUGAUACAUGCU